AUGACGAUCUUCAAGAAACCUGCGGUGGGCCUUCGCCAACGCCUGACCUUCGAUGAUUUCCACAUCAUCGAGCAGGUCGGUGAAGGAACCUACGGGCGUGUAUUCAAGGCGCGAAACAAACACACUAACAAGCUUACCGCGCUUAAAGUCGUUUUCCCUACUGAGGAUGACGAGGGGCUUCCGUUCACAGCGGUCAGGGAGAUCAAGUACCUCCAGAUGCUGCACGACAACCCCAACGUCAUCAAACUCGAGGGAACCUUCUUUACUAAGGACGGCGAGCUUGUGUUGGCGUUCGAGUACAUGGAAAACGAUCUGUCGGGGCUGCUCUCGUUGAAGAACCUUCAGUUCACCCCGGCGCAGACCAAGUGUCUCUUCAAGCAGGUGCUCGAGGGCCUCCACCAGUGCCACAGCGCGGGCAUCAUGCACAGAGACAUCAAAGCGGCCAAUCUGCUGCUGAACAAUGGCCAGCUAAAGCUGGCCGACUUCGGCCUUGCAUCAAACUACGCACGGCGACGCACGUUUUCGACAAACGUUGUGACGCUAUGGUACCGCGCUCCCGAGCUUCUGCUCGGCGUUAACACGUAUGGCCCCAAGGUAGACAUCUGGAGCGCAGGGUGCUUGUUCAUCGAGCUCCUGACGCGCCAGUCGCCAUUCCCCGGGCGAGAAGAAAAGCAUCAGCUGGAGCUCAUCGUGCGGACUUGCGGAACGCCCGACGAGAGGAACUGGCCCGGCGUCACCAAGCUCGAGGGCUACAAGUUGCUUCAGGGGCUCAUGGGCCACAAGAACCGACUGUCGGAGGUCUUCGGCAAGUUCGACCCGAGGGCGCUUGAUCUCCUGUCGAAGAUGCUCGCCUUGAACCCGGCGCAGCGCCCUACCGCGUCGGAGGCCCUUGACCACGACUACUUCUGGGCGGACCCGCUGCCCUGCAAAGCUACCGAACUGCCUCAUUACCCUGCGAUGCACGAGUACGAGGCGAAGAAGACGCGACAGAACGAGCGGCAGCCGAAGAGACAAAAGGUCUCGAACUACGCUCCUAACCCCUACCCGUCGCAUCAUCACCAGGGCUACCCCUCUGGCGCUCCCGCGCCGCAGUCCUCUCGCGGCGACUACGCGCCUCCGCCUCACUACCCUCACCCCUCGUACCCGUCGAAACCCGGCCAAACCCUCCUCUGGGUCCUCACUGGGGACCCGCGGCUCACGGAACGCAUCCCCAAGCCGACCGGCACCCCGCCGCUGCGGGCGAUGGCCUUCUCCCGACGCCUCCCGUCCCUCUUCCCGCCGCCCACUCGAUGCGGCCGGCCGGCUACGCAGGCGCUAGUCGACAGCCAGGCGGGCAUGCGGCUCCGGGGCCAAUGGGUGCGCGGCCACCUCAGCAUCACGGUCGCCCCUCUGCUUCAUCGUCGACCCUGCAGCGAAACGGCCAACACCCCCCCGCGGCCGGCCACCCCGGCACAGCUGCCGCCUGCGGGGAGGAGCGCCGAGUACAGCCGCGUGCCGCGAGAGCAUCGGCCGCCGACGUCGGCCGCCAUGGCGCCGUCUUCGCUCGGCGGUGGCGGACAUCACCUCGGCGGGCCGCGACACGACAUGCCGCCCAUGGCCUCCUACAACCGACCGCCAGCCGGCGCGCAUCGACCGCAUCACCACCUCCACCAUCAUCAACAACUCCACCACCCGAUCACCGACGGCCACGCUUCGGCGGCGGCCUACAGCGGCGUGCACAGGAGCCACGCGCGGGCGACGUUGAGCAGCGUCGAGCGGAUGGAGGUGGGUGUGGACACCAUGGGAAAGCGCAAGAGAGAAGCCGCGGUACCUCUCUGA